AUGAAACUCUUCCUGGUUGUCGUCGGUCUAGCCGUGGCUGUUUCAGCCUACGAGCCCAUCAACAAUGACUAUCACAACACCAUAGGUGUUUAUGAAGCUGCUCGUAUCAAACAGGCUGAAGAAGCCGCUGACUUCGACGGCAGCAGAAUCGUAGGAGGAAACGCUGCCUCCCUCGGUCAAUUCCCUUAUUUUGGCGGUUUACUCAUCACACUGCAAGAUGGCAGACAAUCUGUGUGUGGUUCUACCCUUGUCAGCAACAACAGAUUGGUAACAGCAGCUCACUGCUGGACAACCGGGAGGGUUCAGGCUCGACAACUCACUGUUGUUCUCGGCUCUGUAACUCUAUACUCUGGAGGUGUUCGUAUUAACACUAGCAAUGUACGUGUCCACCCUGGUUUUAACGUGAACACUGUAGCUAAUGACAUAGCUGUGAUCAUUAUUACCAGCAUAUCUUCAAACAACAACAUUAGACCCAUCGGUCUGGCCAGCGGUUCCAACCUAUAUGUGGGAUCUUGGGCAACAGCUGUUGGAUUUGGUCGCACCAGUGACUCUUCCGGCGUCUCCCAUAAUCUAAGACACGUCAACUUGCAAGUGAUCACCAAUGAAGUAUGCAGAAACACCUACGGCCGUAUUAUCAUUGAUUCAUCACUUUGUGUCACUACUGUCAAUGGUAGGAGCACUUGUGGAGGUGACUCUGGUGGUCCCCUCGCCGUUGGAAACGUACUGAUUGGAGUGACAUCAUUCGGUCACAGAAGUGGAUGCGCUAGAGGACAUCCAGCUGCUUUCGCAAGAGUAUCGUCUUUCAAUUCUUGGAUCCGCACCUACGAGCCCAUCGACAAUGACUAUCACAACACCAUAGGUGUGUAUGAAGCUACUCGUAUCAAACAAGCUGAAGAAUUAGCUGACUUUGAUGGCAGCAGGAUCACAGGAGGAACAAUCGCUUUUGUUAAUAACUAA